AUGAAGUUACCGGUUGAUCAUGAUAUUGACUCAACCCGUAUUGAGCUUAUUGAGCAGAAUAAUGCUAGCACACCAACUGAAGGAAGUAGUACUAGUACUCGGAACCACUGGCGACAGGUUUUACUGCUUUUUCGUGCUUAUCUACGUCUGAAGUAUUCCAUUAGCCACAAUGGAACUAACAACAUAUCCAUCACAGACCCUGCUGAUGAUGACUUGCCAACUUACACAGCUCUUUCUAGUGAUGGAUACGAUCGGUUGCAAGAUAUUCAUCUUGACAUCUACAGCGAUGAUGAAGUCAGCAACGGCACGAACAUCACCAACAUGAACAACAAUAACAACAGUGAUAAUGAAGAAGUUCUGCCACACCCAACCAGAAUCAACAAGGAUACUCUCAUUAGUAUCUUAAAGGAGAAGAACCUGGUUACUCUUCGUGAUCAUGGAGGAGUUGAAGGAAUUGCAGCUUCUCUUGCAACCAAUUUGGAGAAUGGAAUUUCACCGGAAGUUGAAGAAGAUCUUCAACUUCGACAAGCUGAAUAUGGAACAAACACUUACUUGCUGGAGCGGACCGAUCCUGCGAAAAGCUUCUUCCACUUUCUUUUCAAGGCCUGCAAAGAUUUCACGAUUAUCCUACUGUUAUGUUGUGCAGUAAUAGCUCUUGGGUCUGGUCUCAAGGAAGAAGGCCAAGAAAAUGGAUGGUACGACGGGACGACUCUAUUAAUCACCGUCUUCAUAUUAGUAUCUGUAACUUCGUUCAGAAACUACUUCAGUUCUAGAAAGUCACAGAAGCUGCUAGUUAACAAGAAUAAACUUGGGAUGACCAAUGUUCGAAGGCAAGGAAUUCUGCAAGAAGUUUUUGUUUCUGAAGUGCUGGUUGGUGAUUUGGUAUUCUUGAGAGCUGGAGAUUGGGUUCCUGCUGAUGGGUUAUAUUUGGGUGAUGGCAAUUUGAAGGUGGACGAUGGUAUCUUGCAUCAUAAAUCGACAAUUAGUCAUGUUCAGAACCCAUUUUUAUACUAUGGUGCAAAGGUGAUUCAUGGGUCUGGUCAAAUGCUUGUUACAUCAGUAGGCAUGAAUACGAUAAUGGGAGAAAUGAUGAGCAAAGUAAUGCAUGAUACCAACAGAAAACGAAAACCACUACAACAUCAAAUUGAUAAGAUGAAUAACUACCUUCAAAAUAUCGGUCUGUUUUUGGCGGUGCUAAUUCUUCUGGUGUUGCUUUUGCGUUACUUUCAAGGGAAAAAAGAUGAUGAAACUGGUUACCCGGAUCAAAUUAGCAAAAAAUCUGCAGCUGAAGAGUUGAUGAAAGCUGUGGAGAGAUUCGUUACAAGGCCACGAGGAAUAUUUGCUAGUCUGGCAAACGUGUUUGCAGUUUUGCUGGUGGGGUUGCAUGAAGGGUUGCCAUUAGCCGUCAGUCUAUCACUCUCGUACUGGAAUGAUAGAACAUCAAAAGAUCAUCAGGUUAUAAUUUGUGAAUCAUCUGGAGGUACCACCUUGGGUUCGAUGACAAGUUUCGUAAUCAAUAAAGCUACAUUGAACCAGAUGAAGGUCGACGUAUUCUGCAUUGGUGAGGAAAUUACUGGCGGAAAUAACAUCCCUGUCAUAUCUCCUGAGGUUGUGGAGAUGAUUUGUGACGGGGUUGGUGCAACAGUUCUUGAGUCUGGUGCAUUAUCUGGUCCGAUGGAGGAUCCACUCCUAAUUCCUUGGGAUGAGUUGAACUUGGGAGUUGAUAUGGAGCAAUUGAAACAAAGUCGAAGAGUACUAAUUAGUUCAUCCUUUGGUUCUGACAGCAAAAAAAGAGGGUCAUUGAUGAGGAAGAAUGAAGGUGCCAGAGAAACACUUCAUCUGCAUUGGAGAGGAUCUGCGGAGACUAUUUUGGAAAUGUGCUCUGAAUACUACAAUAUUGAUGGGAUAAAAAAUGUCCUGGAUGAUGGAAAAAGAGAUGGGUUUCGUCAAUUUAUUAAGGAUAUGGAUAACAAAGGUCUCUUGUCCAUUGCAUUCGCUUACAGCACUAUAACUGAAGGCGCUGAGGAUGAUGGUGUUAACGAUAAGGUUAUGAUUACAGAAUUGCGUGAAAAUAACUUGAUCUUGUUGUUACUUUUGGGUGUGAAGUAUCCAUGUUGUCCAGAGGCGAGAAAGACGGCUGUGGAUGCUUUACGAAAUGCUGGCGUUAGCAUCAAACUUGUAUCUGCAGAGAGCUUGGCAGUGGUGAAACCCAUAGCUAUUGAAUAUGGAAUUUUUGUCCCUGAGAAGGACUUAAAUGCUAUUGUGCUCGAAGGUGAAGAGUUCAGAAAUUUCACCGCUGACGAGAGGAGGGAAAAAGCAGAUAGGAUAACCGUGAUGGGCAGUGCAAGUCCUUCAGAUAAGCUUCUCUUGGUACAGAGCUUACAUCAAAAAGGUCAAGUGGUUGCAUUUAUGGGAACCAGAACGGUUGAACUUCCAGCUCUAAAAGAAGCAGAUGUAGGUCUUUUCAUGGGGACAAACAACUCUGCAAUGGCAAAAGAAAGUUGCGAUAUUAGUAUUCCGAAUGGCAAUUUCGCUUCUAUUGUUAAAGUCUUGUUGAUUGGGAGAUCUAAUUACCAAAACAUUCGCAAGUUCCUCCAGCUUGAGCUCACCACAAACAUUUCAGGAAUCCUUCUGACCUUUGUCACAACUGUCUUCCAAGGCGACACUCCAAUAACACCACUCCAGUUGUUUCUGGUGAACUUAACGGUGGGAACUCUGGCUGCAUUGGCUCUGUUGACAGAGGCACCAACUCAGAAAUUGCUGGAAACGCGACCAAUAAAUCAGACUCAACCUAUUAUAACCAAGUCUAUGAGGAGGAAUAUAUUUGUUCAAGUGUGUUAUCAGGCAAUUGUUUUACUAACCUUUCAACUCAUCAAGGACGGCGACAUCUUAGGAAUGGAUCGAAAACUGAAAAAAGCCAUGGUUUUCAAUGGUUUUGUUCUAUGCUUGGUUUUCAAUCAGUUCAAUGCAAGAGCACCAGAGAAGAAGAAUGUGUUCAAGGGAAUCAUUGGAAGCCAUUGGUUUCUAGUAUCAGUUGGAGUUCCUAUUAUUUUGGAGGUGUUACUAAUGGAAUUUGCGGAAAAAUUUACUGGUUUUCCAAGGCUGAACAAGAUGCAGUGGCUUGCUUGUAUCUUAUUUGCAAUCAUGUCGUGGCCUAUCGAUUAUGCAGUGAAGUGCAUUUCAAGUUUCUUCGCUAAAAGAUCUAUUGGUGUUCCAAGUUGUCUCAGCUCCACUGGUCCUUUACAGUCUACUCCUUCGACAUCUCUUCUGUCUCAAAGUCCAACUCCAGUAACCUAG